GCGAGCGGGGGGGGCAUAUAUGUUGAUGACUUCCCAUUUGUCUUUAAUUGGUCAGGAACUCUUAUCUCUACGCGUUUGCCACGUGGCGGGACUUGACCUGAGGUAGGGUGGCUUCAACUGAUAUCCUCAUUGACAGAGUGUAUUCCACCAAUCAAUCGAAUCUGAAGUCCCAAACCAGAGUCCCAUCUGCCGUCCCAAACCAGAGUCCAAUCUGCCGUCCCAAACCAGAGUCCCAUCUGCAGUCCCAAACCGGAGUCCCAUCUUGGAGUACUGGUCUAUAGGUGGGAGGCAGGGUGGAGGGAAGCCGCAAAGCCGCAAAACCGCACGUGUUGGCUUGAAGGAGAGGCAUGAGAUGGGUGAGGGGGUUGAGGAUUAGCCCCUGAAUGAGGCUUGGGAUUACGCCUGACCCAUGUGGUUUGGCGCUCUCGGGAGAGAUUUGGGACUAGGCUCGGCUCAUGUGUGUUUGGGUGGUGAAGAGAUUUGCGACUAGGUUCGGCUCAUGUGGUUUGGGUGGUGAAGAGAUUUGGGACUAGGUUCGGCUCAUGUGGUUUGGGUGGUGAAGAGAUUUGGGACUAGGUUCGGCUCAUGUAGUUUGGGUGGUGAAGAGAUUUGGGACUAGGUUCGGCUUAUGUGGUUUGGGUGGUGAAGAGAUGUGGGACCAAGCACCAUCUUUGCCCGAAUACACGAUGCAGGGGCGUUAUUGCAGUAUGUAGACUGAAAAUUGUCCCAAGUACAUAGCUACAAUGACUGUACGUUGUAUUCGGGUUACGACGGUGGGCGUGCCUCAUGUGGUUUGGGCUUGGGCUGAUGAUAGCUUCAGGAUAAGCUGUUGGCAUUGCUGCCAGGUCUAGCUCAGUCUGUGAGUAGGGGAGAAACAAGAAAAUGGGCUUCUUCUGGACAAAAAAAGGGGCCGUUGGAUGUGGCAGAUCGACGGGUGUGGGCAGAGAAGAGAAAAAACGUUUUCUGCUGGGUAAUAAUUAGGCUCUCGGCACUGCGGUGGAACCAGGCUUGGGACAGCGGUGGCAGUGGGCACAGUUGUGCAGCCGCACUCGGAGCUGCGGCGGCGGAACUGCAGCGGGACCACCUGGUCUGGGACUUGCCCAGCCAGUUUCUGCUGCUGUCGGGUACUUUAGUCAUUUUGAAAGCGAAUUGUUCGAAAUUGAAAUUAGAGGUACUUGGCUCGGAACGAUGGUCGGGUUCAGGGUCGGAACAGUGGUGACGUCAGGCGUGGAACCAAGAAGCUUGGGACCGCAACAGGAGGAUUAGGCUUGGGACCGUGCCAAAAUUUGGCCUUGGCACCGCUGCUGAAUUAGGCUUGGUACCUGGGACAUGAAAAAGACGCUGCAGGCGUGGGAUAUGGUGCAGAAUAAGGUGUGGGUGAUUUCAGGUACGUGAGAUCGAGGGUCGGAAUCAUCGUCGUAUUGUUCUUCUUCAGUCGACCGAUGAUUGGGGUACAGUAGGAGGGGCGAACGAGCAAUUGCCACGACCUGUGGAGGUGGAAUACGGGUAGUGAGUGUUAAACAACCAGUGCUUCCCAAAGUUGUGCCCGUUAACAAGCCACGGUUUUAGGAAACGUACGACCCACUACAGGAGCGUCCAAAUUCAUCCGACUAGAAAUGUUUCUACUCUAUUUGUUUCCAAGGCCGAUAGCUGGGCCAAGUACUGGUGGUUUAUAAUAAUUAAAAAGAAAAAGGGGCAGCAUUUUGCAUAAGAAGACACUGGCAAGAAAGUGGCGGGCCGCUUUUGUUGAGGCUUGUUCUGGAAUAGGUGUUGCUUUUGUUGUUGAGGCUAUUCCGGAAUAGGUGCUGCUUUUGUUGUCGAGGCUAUUCCGGUAUAGGCGUGGUUCGGGAUCAAGUGGAGAGGAGGAGGAGGAGGAACUAAAGAACUUGACAGCCGUUGAACGUAUCUUGUUGCUUUUUGUUGGGCUUUUGACUCCUGGUCUUGCCUUUGCACGAUCCAAUCGCGUUUAGCCUGAUGAGGGUGCUUUUCCAAGCCGUUGGCGCCCUUGGUGGGAGGGUUGGAGCUCGGUUCGGGGUGGCUGGCAUGUCCUCGACCGGGUUGAUGUCCACAAUGCCGGCUCCUGCGAAGUCGACUCAGGCCUCGAUCACACGGGGAAUCCGGCAGGUCGCCUCCUGCUCCUCCUCUGCCUUCGCUGCCGCCGUUGCCUCCUCGUCCUUCUUGGCCUCCUCGACUGCAUCAGCUGCAAUGCCAGCUCAGCUCUCUGUGGUACAGCCAUUUUCGUCUUCCACAUCGCUUGGAGCACAAGGAGGAGGUGGUGGUGGUGGUGGAGGAGGAGGAGUAGAAGGAAGGAGAGGAGAACGAACUCAAUCCUGGCAACCAUCCUUGGCAUCAUCUUUGUCGAAGGUGCGAGCACUUGUGUAUUCGGAGAAUGGACCUCCCGAAUCUGUUCUGCGAAUGGCAGAAGCCCAUCCAUUGCCAGAAGUCGGCCAUGGCCAAGUCUUGGUGAAGGUUUUGGCUGCACCGAUCAAUCCAUCGGAUAUCAACCAGAUAGAGGGGACCUACCCGAACCGCCCUCCGCUGCCUGCUGUGGGAGGGAAUGAGGGUGUGGGCGUCGUCACGGACGUCGGCGCAGGCGUGAAAAACCUUAAGGUCGACGACUUGGUGGUCGCGGCGCGGUACGGGUUGGGCACAUGGCGCGAACAACUCGUUUGCGAAGAAGACGAUCUUAUCCAAGUCUUACCCGAUUCGCCCCUAGAAUACGCGGCGACGGUGGUCGUGAACCCCACAACUGCGUAUCGGAUGCUAGAGGACUUUGUGAACCUGGUCGAAGGUGACGUUGUCGUGCAGAACGGCGCGACGAGUAUGGUCGGGCAGGCGGUGAUCCAAUUAGCGAACGUGAAAGGGGUGAGAACAAUCAACAUCAUCCGAGACCGACCGGAUCUUGCCGAAACAGUUAGGAAUCUACAGGACUUGGGAGCGACGGUUGUCGUGACGGAGGAGCAAGCGGAGGAUAGAUCGAUCAUGAAACAUGUGAUGGGCGAUCUGCCGCCUCCGGUUCUAGGGCUAAACUGCGUCGGAGGGUCCUCUGCCUCUUCCAUCCUGAAAGUACUGGCCCCAGGAGGUACAAUUGUCACGUACGGUGGAAUGGCCAAGAAGCCGGUCACAGUUUCUGCCUCGCAACUCAUCUUCAAGGAUGUCAUCGUGCGAGGGUUUUGGGUGUCGAGGUGGGUGGAGCUGCACUCGAAAGAGGAGCGACUCGAAAUGAUCAAUCAUCUGCUUCAACUCGCAAAGGACGAAAAGCUGAAGCUGCAGAUCGAAAAGGUCCCGUUUGCCGAGUACCAAGGAGCGUUGGAAAAGGCGCUCGGAAAGAGGGGGCACUCCAAGGCCAAGCAGCUGCUUAGGGGGUGCUCCAAGGCAAAGCAGCUGCUUGUCAUGGAGUGAGCGUUGGGAAAAGAAAAGAAAAAAAGGUGUUUGGAAACACGGGGUACCCCCAAAGUAAAGCAGCUGCUUGUCGUGAAGUAAGGCGUGUGCGAUUGUGAGAACACAAGGAGAAGGGAACACACACUUCCCUCCUCCCUGUGCCCAGCAACAUAACCAAUGGAUCAUGCACCUGGUCAGUUGUUUCAUGUGUAGGUACAUCGUCGGAGGGGCUAAGUCAUCCCCCUCCCAUAAUGUACCUGAGUAUCAUGACCUCCUUCCUGCUAUGGAUCAUGCACCUGGUCGUUUGCAUUUCGAGGUACAUCGGUGGAGGGACAAAGUGGUCCCCACCCUCCGUACCCACCUCCCCCCUCCCCCCUCCCCCGGCCGGGCCCCGAAAGAACCCUUUUUCGUAGACACGGUAGCUUUUCUUCCCAUCCUCUUUUUUGUCCUGGGCAACGACAUUUUUAGAGUUUUAGAUCGAGGUGCGAUUUGAGUCGA